AUGGACAAGCUGCGAAACCAUGACAUGAUGAGUGUGGGAUCGACUGUGAAUGCAGUGACCUAUAAUGAUGUGCAUGUCAACAUCUCUCAGGAAGAGUGGGCAUUGAUGGAUCCUUCACAGAGGAAUCUCUACAAAGAUGUCAUGCUGGAGACCUAUAUGAACCUCACAGCUAUAGGCUACAAUUGGGAAGAUGUUGAAGUUGAAGAAUAUUGUCAAAUUUCUCAAAAACAUGGAAGGCAUGAAAGAAGCCAUACUAAAAAGAAAUCAUAUGGAUAUAUUGAGUGUGGUAAAGACUUUGUAUGUCAUAGUCAUCCUCAAAGGCAUGAAAAAACAAAUACUGCAGAGAAAUCCAAUGAAUCAAAUCAAUGUCGUAAAACGUUUGCACAACACAGUCAUCUU